GGCUGUCUCUCUCCCAACUCGUCUCUUCCUACAUAACAGCUUCACUGAACUUGUCCCGAACGCCCCGUAACUCGUCGCCAUCACGGUCUUCUGAGGACACCGCAACCACAACCCUCAUCAUGAUCGGAAGACUCGUACACUACGCAGUCGACGCUGCCCUAGUCAGUACCUUGUUGGCUGGCGUGAGACGAUCGAGCGGAUUCACCGUUGAAACGGAGAAGCUCUCCGAUCCUACCAUACGCUCAGUCGCCGAGAAAUAUCUCGGCUUCGGAGAAACCGUAUUCGACAUGAUUCAAGGCACGGCCGUGAAUAGCCCAUAUUUCAAGCGGGACUCUAGGAGAUGAUAUAUGUGUGGUGUUUGUGUGGUUGGGACUCAUCCAUUUUGGUUGGAGUGUAUUAUAUUGCAGUAUGUAUUCGACCGUGUCCUCCGUUCUUCGUCCUAUCGCUAUAUCAGUUCGUUAUCCGAACAUAGAAGUCCCAUAGACUUUUUGUCUUUGGGCUUCAUGCCCGGACGAGCCGGACACGAAGUUUUCAGUCUCCGAUUUAUACGAUUACAUCUUCCCCUGCAUUUUCAGUUUGUGAUCAAGGACGUCGCGUAUGUGCCGUCACCACUCACCACCGCACACAGAGAUCAUGGGGUUGUUGCAUGGCUUUACUCUCC